CACAGUCUGCUGAAAACUUGUUAAGUCUCGAAGGUGAGAUGGUCAAUUUUCUAUAUUCUUCGGUUGGGUAGAAGACUGUCGAAAGCAUAUUUUGAUAAGGGCGCCAUCUGGAUAUUGAUCAAAUAGCUAUCAUGUAGUCACUUUCACAAAGUUUAGGGAGACAAUGACUCAACAAUGGCCAAAGAGCCACUCCAUUAUCUUUUUUUAACUGGUACCAUCCUCCUGGUAGAAAGAGGCUUCGCUUUUCCAAGAAGGGUCUCCUUCAUCCAACUGUUCGUAAGCUGGAAACUUUGGCUAAACUAAAAGAGGCUCGCUCGCCUGUCGGUCAAAACCUACCAUUCUUGCUUAGACUCCCAUACCUUGCUUCCUAUUUAGUAGUAAGAUUGACACUCGAGUUGCACAGACAGCAAAAGCCUUCCUUUUCUUACAAUUAAGUUUUCACAAUCCUUCCUGCUCACGGAUUGUUUCCAUAUGGCCGGCUCCAAGCAUUCUACCUCGCCUUGUCGUGAUGCUUUAGACAAUCCUCAAGUGCUUGAUACAGAGAUGGAACAGAAACUAGAGAAAACAAUCGAGUUCUCGGACGAUGAGGAGUCUCUCAUAAUCAGGAUGUACAAUCUUGUUGGAGAGAGGUGGCACCUGAUCGCAGGAAGAAUCCCUGGAAGAACAGCUCAGGAAAUUCAAAAGUACUGGAACUCCAGAUACUCCACAAGCGAAUGAAGCCUAAAUGCAUGUGCCUUCUGUGUAAGAGACCUUGUUGGACUAGCAUUUUCGAUAGUUCAUUGAAUUGUCAAUUACGGCUAAGGAACAGAAUAUGAGUUUCAGUGAAAAUGAAUUAAGAUCAUCAUC